AUGUCGCGGGUGGCACAAACAACUGGAACAUCAUUGGCCUCGUCUUUAUCAACUGGUGUAUCGGCAAGCUUCUUCUCGAGAUCGUCAACGCGCUUGGCAAGCUCUGCAAGAGCUGGUGUGUCUUCGUUCUCGAGGGCCUUGAGGGCGGCUUGGGCGGCUGGGCUGAUGACUUCUUCUUCGUCACCCUUGUCCUCGCCCUUGUCGCUGGAGCUGCUGCUGCUGCUGGACUUCUUCUUGUCGGCAACAUCCUUAAGCUUGUCUUCGAGAUCGUCGACCUUCUUCUUGAGAUCGUCGGCAUCCUUGGCCUUCUCUUCGAGAUCGUCGACCUUCUUCUUGAGAUCGUCGGCAUCCUUGGCCUUCUCUUCGAGAUCGUCGACCUUCUUCUUGAGAUCGUCGGCAUCCUUGGCCUUCUCUUCGAGAUCGUCGACCUUCUUCUUGAGUUCGGCAACUUCAUCGGCGUCGGCUGGGUUAGAGGCAACGGUUGA